UUUUUCCCGGAGAUGGAUAGAUAUUAGAAAGUUUUGUCGCGGAACCAAAAAAAAAAAAGAAAUGAAAAUUGAAAUAUCUGACGUGGAUAAAACUAGAGGUCCCGAACGUCCGAUAAGACCCACGUCUGAUCGGAUAUUUCCACAUCACGUAUUCGCAGGGAUUGCUGACGUGGAGCAUAUCAAAAACACUCGUUCCGGUCGCUAGUGGCGGAUCUUAGAUCUUUUUGGGUUGACACGUCGCGUAGUGGGUGGGGAACGCCAAGUUUAAUCUCAUCUGGACCGUCGAUUUGAUUCUGGCCAAAGAGGCUGCCGUUUAAAGAUUUUGUAGAUGUACUAAUAUUGGGCUUAAGAUAUGGGCCGUAAUAUAAGGACAAAAUAAAAAUUAACCGUCGACAGCUGCGUUCGAACCUGCGCGGGCGAAGCCCAAUAGAUUUCAAGUCUAUCUCCUUAACCACUCGAACAUAUCGACUUCUUGUUGUUUCUCCCUCACUGGAUAGAUCACUAAUCGUUUCUAUUUAUCGCUUAUAUAGACCUAGAAUAAGCCUUUCACUCACUAGAAACGUUGACCUAGUGUAAUAUUUUCCCGCCAUCGUUAGUACCAGAACUCUCUCAGCCGCCGCAUCUCCGUCACCGUCAUGGCGGAUAAGAAGAAGCGAAAGCGAGCUAAAGAUUCCCAAGAGGAGGAUCUUCCUUUCAAAAGCAUCCUCGAAUCAGACGAAGCUAUCCUGAAACUUCUCAAAUCCUACAUCUCCACUUCUCUAACCGCCGCGGGAAGUAGCGGUGCCUCCUCCUCGUCUUCAUCGAAACCGCUAACUCUAGCCGACCUCUCCCUCUCAUCCUCCUGCCGUGAAGUUGCGGAUCUCUCCCUCUCCUCCGUCCAGACGGAAAUAGAGACAGUCAUCGUUCAGAUCGCCCGUUCUAUCCUCGCGGGAGAUGGAUUCUCCUUCAGCGUUCCCUCGCGCGCCGCAUCUAACCAGCUCUAUGUCCCCGAGCUUGACCGUAUUGUGCUUAAAGACAAAUCUACCCUCCGUCCCUUUGCGUCAGUAUCUUCCGUCAGGAAAACUACAAUCACCACGCGGAUCCUCGCCCUUAUCCACCAACUCUGCCUCAGGAACAUCCACGUCACCAAGCGUGAUCUCUUCUACACUGACGUUAAGCUUUUCCAGGACCAGACACAGAGCGAUGCUGUGUUGGACGAUGUGUCGUGUAUGCUCGGCUGCACAAGGUCAAGCCUCAAUGUAAUUGCAGCAGAGAAAGGUGUGGUGGUGGGAAGGCUCAUAUUCAGUGACAACGGAGACAUGAUCGACUGCACAAAGAUGGGGAUGGGUGGGAAAGCAAUUCCACCGAACAUCGAUCGAGUUGGAGACAUGCAGAGUGAUGCUAUGUUCAUACUCUUAGUUGAGAAAGAUGCAGCUUACAUAAGGUUAGCUGAAGACAGAUUCUACAACCGGUUCCCCUGCAUCAUCGUCACUGCAAAAGGCCAGCCCGAUGUAGCCACAAGGCUGUUCUUGAGGAAGAUGAAAAUGGAGCUCAAGCUUCCGGUGCUCGCCUUGGUGGAUAGUGAUCCUUACGGGUUGAAGAUUCUGUCGGUUUAUGGAUGCGGGUCGAAGAACAUGUCUUACGAUAGUGCAAACUUGACUACACCUGAUAUUAAGUGGCUUGGGAUCAGGCCAAGUGAUUUGGACAAGUACAAGAUACCUGAGCAGUGUAGGUUGCCGAUGACAGAGCAGGAUAUCAAGACCGGGAAGGAUAUGCUAGAGGAGGAUUUCGUGAAGAAGAAUCCCGGGUGGGUCGAAGAACUUAACCUGAUGGUGAAGACAAAGCAGAAGGCUGAGAUUCAGGCGUUGAGUUCUUUUGGUUUCCAGUAUUUAUCAGAAGUUUACUUGCCCCUGAAACUGCAGCAGCAGGAUUGGCUCUGAUCUUCAGGUUGCUGUUCUUAUUGAGUUACUGAUCAGUUAGAGACCAACAAGUUUUCUGAUAUGAGUUAUUGCAAUUUAAAUUGUGUUGUAUGGGUUUACACAGAACUGGGAAGAUAUUUGUAAGCUGCUUUAUUCUGAAUGUACACAGAUAUUUGCAUCAAGAUAUUCUGCAAUCUUUCCUCAUUA